AUGGCUAAGACAUGUUACUUCCCAUUUUUGUUCCUUACAUAUUUUUUUUUGAGCUCAACCUUGUUGGCGGUGGCCAGAUCGGACGAUAGAAAUGUUGAUAAUGAAUCAGCACCAGAAGUAUAUCAAAGGAGGGAUGAUAAUACAGCAGUGGUUGCCCAACAGGAUUCCCUUUUACAAAACAGUGAACCCGUGCUAACGUUAAACGAAAAAAUAGAAUUAUUGACCACAACAUAUGCCUCAAAUCCACCUAAGUAUGUAAGCUCCAUGAGGGAGUUAUUUCGUUUGUACAACAGCAACAUUGACAUAACGAAAAAUGGUUUCACUAACGGAUCCAUAUCCCUACACAUGAAUUUUAACAAACAUACAAGUAGUGAAGACAUUGGCAGCAUGAACACUAUGUUCUAUGCACGCACAAUAAACGAGGAUAACGACAAUGUUGAAAUAGCCGAUGGCUCAUACCUUAUUGAGUUGAACGUGGAUGAAUUAUUAAGAGAAAACAAAGAUGCAAAUGGACUUGAUAAUGCAUCUUUUGGAACAAGAAUCGGUGAAGAUGUUAUUUCGGGUGAUUCUACCAAUGUUUGCAAAGCUAUUAAGGGCAGUGAACUCGACGCCACAAAACUUUUUAUCACGGUAAAUAAGGAAGGCGAAGACAAGUUUUCUGUUUCAAAGCUUGACGAUUUUUUGGGAGAAUGUUUGAAGGCUGCGCAGGAUGCUUUAGCGCAGAGAAACGCUUCGGAUAAGAAGAAAAAAAAAGAUGGAAAUUUGCAAAGUGUUGAUCCGGUUAGUGGAAGUGAGGCUAGUGGAAGCCAGGCCAGCAGUAGCCAAAACAGAGUCCAGAAACCAAAGAAAAAUAGAAAGGCUUUAAUGGAUGAUUUCAAAGAGAGCUUGGUGUCGAAGGACAUGGCAAGGUGUAAAGCGUCUGCCAAACUGCUAAUGGCAAAUUCGACGGUAUCUAGUUUAAUGUACCUGUUCGUACUAAUAGCACUAGGCAUCUGCCUGCUGUAG